GCAGCCCAUGCCCCCACGAGCCCGCAGGGCUAUAAAGCCGCCUCGCAGCGGUUUGCGGCUCCUUCCCAGCGCCCGGACAAGCUCUGCCAGCGGUGACUGCCCAUCCUCGGCCACCAUGAGCCACCCGUCGGGCCUCCGGUCCGGCGUCAGUUCCACCUACUACCGCCGCGCCUUCGGGCCACCGCCCUCGCUGUCCCCGGGGGCCUUCUCCUACUCUUCCAGCUCCCGCUUCUCGAGCAGCCGCCUGCUGGGCUCGGCGUCCCCCGGCUCCUCCGUGCGCCUGGGCAGCUUCCGCAGUCCCCGGGCGGGCGCGGGCGCCCUCCUGCGCCUGCCCUCGGAGCGCCUCGACUUCUCCAUGGCCGAGGCCCUCAACCAGGAGUUCCUGGCCACGCGCAGCAACGAGAAGCAGGAGCUGCAGGAGCUCAACGACCGCUUCGCCAACUUCAUCGAGAAGGUGCGCUUCCUGGAGCAGCAGAACGCGGCCUUGCGCGGGGAGCUGAGCCAGGCCCGGGGCCAGGAGCCGGCGCGCACCGACCAGCUGUGCCAGCAGGAGCUGCGCGAGCUGCGGAGGGAGCUAGAGCUGCUGGGCCGCGAGCGCGACCGGGUGCAGGUGGAGCGCGACGGGCUGGCGGAGGACCUGGCGGCGCUCAAGCAGAGGUUGGAGGAGGAGACUCGCAAGCGCGAGGAUGCGGAGCACAGCCUCGUGCUUUUCCGUAAGGACGUGGACGACGCCACCCUGUCCCGCCUGGAGCUAGAGCGCAAGAUUGAGUCUCUGAUGGAUGAGAUUGAGUUCCUCAAGAAGCUGCACGAGGAGGAGCUGAGAGACCUGCAGAUGAGCGUGGAGAGCCAGCAGGUGCAGCAGGUCGAGGUGGAGGCGACCGUGAAGCCCGAGCUGACGGCGGCGCUGAGAGACAUCCGUGCCCAGUACGAGAGCAUCGCGGCGAAGAACCUGCAGGAAGCAGAAGAGUGGUACAAGUCCAAGUACGCGGACCUGUCCGACGCCGCCAACCGGAACCACGAGGCCCUGCGCCAGGCCAAGCAGGAGAUGAACGAGUCGCGACGCCAGAUCCAGAGCCUGACGUGCGAGGUGGACGGGCUUCGCGGCACGAACGAGGCGCUGCUCAGACAGCUGCGAGAGCUGGAGGAGCAGUUUGCCCUGGAAGCUGGCGGGUACCAGGCGGGCACCGCACGGCUCGAGGAGGAGCUGCGGCAGCUAAAGGAGGAGAUGGCGCGACACCUGCGGGAGUAUCAGGAGCUCCUCAACGUCAAGAUGGCCCUGGACAUCGAGAUCGCCACCUACCGGAAGCUACUUGAGGGCGAGGAGAGCCGGAUCUCCGUGCCAGUCCAUUCCUUUGCAUCCUUAAGUAUAAAGACGACUGUGCCUGAGGUGGAGCCUCCCCAGGAGAGCCACAGCCGGAAGAUGGUUCUGAUCAAGACCAUUGAGACCCGGAAUGGGGAGCAGGUGGUGACAGAGUCUCACAAGGAGCAGCGCAGUGAGCUGGACAAGUCUUCUACUCACAGCUACUGAACUUGUUGGUCCAGAGCUCCCUGACCCUGCCCUAGGCCUCUAAGCCCCCAUCCUAACACCAGUCCCGAAUUCGUCUCCUCCCCCUCUGCAUGUGUCCACCAGAUGGCUCCAGUCACCCCUUCCCUGGCCGUGGCCAAACCCUACCCAGCACCACAGCGGGGCCUCUCCAUGCCCACAGAGACAUGAUCCAUAUGUUUCUCGUUUCUUAUCUUGGUAAGAGUCUAUAUGUUCCCCCAUUGCUUGUCCUGGUAAGAGUCUAUAUGUUCCCCCAUUGCUUGUCCUGGUAAGAGGCUGACCAUCCCCAGGAUGAGUCUACUCCUGCCAUGACCCCAAGAUUAGUGGGUGGGUCAGGGUCUGAGUUUCACUUUUAAAUCAAAU